AUGUUUGCAUUGGCAGUUCGAUGUGAGACGCCAGCUGCUCGAGACCCAUCUCAGACCCAUCUCAAGCAGCAUGCGUCUUUCCAAAGAGAUGAAGCAAACCAGCGGGCACAAGAGGCUAUGGUAAGAGUUGUCCUUCCCGAGUCACAGGCUGGCCGGACCGUAGACGAAGCUGGGACAGGUGACGGGCUCUCUCGUCGACCCCCGUCCUUCUGUGGAUCCACAAGCUUUCUUGCCGGCAUCCUCGCAGCCCUUUCGACCGGCGUCCUCUUCCAGACUGUCUCGACCGGCGUCCUCUUUACGACUCACCCGACCAGCAUCCGGUCCCGGGGGAAGACAGACGAGAUGAGGGCUUCUCAAAUGGCCAGUAGCACAACGGACGAGGAAGAGUCAGGCUCUGAGGAGGAGGCUGCAGAAGGUCCAGCUGCCAAGAGGGCUAGAAGCAGCCCAGGAAGGAGGAUCAGGCAGGCAGGCAGGAGCGGGCGGGGAGGGCGCACAGAGAGGGCAAGCAGGGAGAGUAGUCAAUGGAAUAAACGUUCUGUAGAUGUCUGA